AUGGUCUCCAACGACCCCCAGUUCGCCACUGUCACCAUCCUGAUACGCAAUGCUGACGAGGUCACGCUUCGCGUUCCUAUAAAGGAGGAUAUCACUGUGAGAAGGCUGGCAAAGGAGGCGAUGCAACGUCUGCUCGCUCGUUUACAAGGGAAACAGGAACUCACUCGUGAAACUAUUUCCGUUGUGGAGAUUUAUGUCAACACAGCAUCCGGCAAGGCUGAGAUUUUCGCUCAGGAUUUAGUGUCACAGGUGGUGGCUGUGAAGGAAGAGGUGAUACAUAUGAGGUUGCAUGUAAAGGAAAACGAUAAUUGUGUGACGGCCCCGGAUGCAGAUUCUUCAUUAUCAAAUGCCGCUGUGGCUACAACCUCAGUGGUUGAUUCCAGCGAGGCAUCAAGUCGCGUAGAUGAGGGCGCAUCGCCUAAAACGGCUGAGAAUCUACAGUCAACAAGGAAAAAGGAAUGCAACAAUGAAACAACCGGUGCAGAUCGGACCCCGAGGAUUUCGUGUCGAAAUCUGAACACUACCAUAGCAGGGGUUAAGCGCCAUGCUUCCUUCGUGGAAGGCGAAAACAAGGAUGAUAAUCGGAAACGAAAGGAUCGUACAAAAGUUGGUGAGGCAGCAAGUGAAAAGGGUGGAAGUGAUGUUAAUGGCUCCGGUCCCCUCAAACUGCAUACUACGCCCUCCACUGUAGUGGUUAAAAAAAUAGUUGGAAAGGAAAAACACAAGAAGGAAAAGAGGACAGCAGGAAAGGUGAGGAAACCUGCAGCAUCCGCGAAGGUUUUGCCAAUUGAGGGAUGUCGGGAAGCGCUCCGCGGUGGGAGAGAACUUCGUUUGCAGAAGCGAUGGCAAGGUCAUGGGACUGAGGUGAAAAUUGCUGUGAGCGACCGUCUCGGAUGGGGUCGGGAGGCGAGCAAAUAUUUUCCAGAGAAUUACACCACUUCACCCGACAAGAUUCCACGAUUGAUUCGCGAAGCAAAACGACGGGAACAGAUGAGGUUGAAGGAAGAACGAGGUAGAGCAAAUCAACCAGUGGAAGUGCACAAUGUAAGUGAGGCUGAAGGACGCAGAAGCGGAACCACCGAGACGCAAGUGGCUGCGAAAACACCGCAAGACCCCUCGACUUCUGCUGCACCUUUCUUGGGUGAGAAAAAUUCAGACGCUGGUCGGCAAUCUGGUGAAGGUUGUAGCGCGACGUGUCCAAUUGUCGUGGAGCGGCAACUUUUCAACGAUGGAGAUGAUCUUUUACACACACCUGUCUCACAGCUCGCGCACAAUGAGAAUCGUAGCGAUGAGGUGAAGACGGAAGGUAAAGAGUUAUCAAAUCAGAGUGGUGGUACUCCACUCCCUCCGGGAUGGGGUAAAAGCGCCAUAAAGUACUUUGAUGCGAAAACAUAUUGCGAUGAUCCCACAAAAGCAAAGUUGAGUCCGGAUAUUUUAGCCAUGCCAUUACGAGCGGGACUGCGACGUUCGUGCCUGUGA